UUGGGGUCGGAUCUCGGUGGAUCAGUCUUCACGCUUUGCCAGGUUGAUGACUUGACCCAACCUAAACUAAAUACAAAGUCUGCAAAGUGCACCAUCCCACCAAGAAGGUUUUUUUCUUUCCCCCCAGAAAACAGAAAAGAUCACACAACAAUCUCACGCUUCCACCAACUCACCAACAAAUCUUCCACUUUCUUCCAUUUCUCACCACCAGUUUCAUCAUCACCAACAACAACAUCGACACCAAUACCAAUACAAACAUCAAAACCUGCACCACAAUAUCGACACUUGACCGUCGCGACUUUAUUUCUACGAAGCCUCAUUUUUAUCGUCGCCAUGCCUACCCCAAGCAAAUCCUCCGCCUCCAACAAGGAGAAGGAUCGACGAAAAUCCACCGGCAAGACCACGGCUCUCGUCACUUUGCGCGUCCCGUCUCUCAAACUUCGCAAAAUCCUCGACCCGUCGUCAAUCAAGGAAGAGUCCCCCGUGAAAGAGUCCGAUGCCACGUCGGCCACAGCUCCCAUCGACCAAACACCAGCCGCGUUGAAUGGCGACAAUGCCUCCGCGUCGAGUCCUGGCACGCCGGCCCCUGCAGGAACGCCGUCGCAGGUGCCCAUGGGACCUCCAACCGAGGCACCCAAGAAGAAGGGCGUAAAGAGAAGUGCCGCUGCUGCAAAUGGAUCUGACCCGACGGCGAAGAUCAGAGGCAAGCCCGGCCCCAAGAAGAAGCCUAGAUUGGAGGAUGGCACCAUCGAUCCUAACGGGCGAGCUAACGGAGGCACUUAUCACAAACUUGGACCGAAGGCAAACCAAGGCGCUAUUAAUGCCGGACUCCGCGCGCUCGAUCGAUCCGGUACGCCCUGCCGGAAGUGGAACCGAGGAGGCUUUAAGUUGAAGAGCUUUACUGGCGUUGUCUGGGAGAUUCCUCGUUGGACCGCGCCACCCAAGCCCAAGCCUCAAGCCACUCCUGAGGAACCCGCCACUUCUGCCGAGAGCAGCAACAAGGAGAAUAAGGAGGGCAGCCAGAUGAAGAGCGAGAACAGCAACAGUCAUGCUGAUGGCGGCGAACAACGAAGCAUCCCGCCCAGUAUCAACGCUAGCUCUCCAGCUCCUACCCCUGUUGCCGCUGCCUCAUAGGCGAUACUACUUACUCUCUCGUUUCUUAAGAGAACCUGUCCUAAGGGCUACAUUCUUCUGGCCCUAUCGGUGGUCAUUUGUAUUUCAUAGGGGUCUAGUA